ACCUAGAAGGUUCAAGUAAUUCAGGUGCCCCCUCCUCUCUAGUAAGAGGAAGUGCCUGGUGCGGACCUUGCCUGACGAUGACACCUCACUGUGGCUUCCACGCGCUCUGGGAAGCGAAGGCGAUGCCCAGGACGGCCGAGCGGCCCCAGCCGCCUCCUCAGGAGCUCCAGAGGCUCCAGACCCAGGUCUGCCAGGUUUCCGUCAGAUGCCUUUCCUGCCCAGGCGCUGACCGCUCCCGCCUGGGCCUGAGGCCCGGUGUCCUGGCUUCUCUCCGGUGCCCGGCUUAGGCAGUUUCCGGUGCUUUCUCUGCAGAUUUCAGGUUUAUUACACACCAAAAGCUUGACCGACUCGGAUUCGCUAUUUAUUUCCUGGCACCUGCAGCGCGCCUGGCGGGACACAAGUCUCCCUUCACGGCUGCCGCCGACCCUUCCCCAUCUAUGUGGAUUUCCGUGUGGCCCGAAGGACAGAGUCACUGCUCAGCUCAGUGCGGAGCCCUGAGCUGAGCAGCUGUCACCUGAGCACGGCCAGGCGGGAAGCGGAUGCUCGACACCUUGGGUCCUGGGGAAGGUGACAGUGGCCCGGCGGCCCCGAAGCCAGGGUCGAAGCCACCAACUCUGAACGCUACUGUGACCAGGCGCCAUCCAGCACUGGGCAUGGAGACCACCCCGUCCAGGGCUGCAGCCUUCUCUCGUGGAGCCUGAAGCAGCCACGCUGGGAGCCAUGCAGAGGGCUGGGGCUGGUGGCCGCAGGGCCUCUGACUGUGGGCCCACCCUCUACCGGCCCAGGUGCAUCACCAAAUUUGCCCAGUACGUGGGCUCUUUCCCUGUGGAUGACCUGGAUAUGCAGGAGGGUGUGUGGCUGGUGCGGCAGCAGCUGUGGGCACUGAAGGACUGUCCCCGCCGCCGAGCUGUCAUCCUGAAAUUCAACCUGCAGGGUCUCAAGAUCUACAGCGGGGAGGGAGAGGUGCUCCUGAUGGCCCACGCCCUGCGGCGCAUCCUCUACUCUACCUGGAGCCCAGCCCGCUGCCAGUUUGCCUUCGUCGCUCGGAACCCACGAAACCCAGCCAGCAGACUCUUCUGCCACCUCUUUGUGGGCAGCCAGCCUGGAGAGAUGCAGAUCCUGUACCUGCUGCUCUGCCGCUCCUUCCAGCUUGCUUACCUCUUGCAGCACCCUGAGGAGCGGGCACAGUCUGAGCUGUCCCCUGGGCCUGCAGGGAACCUGUACCCGAAGCCACUGCCCAGCCCUGGGGGCCUCGCUACCCUGGUUCGGGAGCCCUUCAGCCGUAAUCAGCUCUCACAGAACGUCCAUGCCCUGGUCUCCUUGCGACGGCUGCCAGCUGAGAAGGAGCUGCCCGAAUCAGAAGGCCGCAGCGGCCGCCAUGCCCGCCUGGGGAACCCCUACUGCUCGCCCACACUGGUGCGAAAGAAGGCCAUUCGCAGUAAAGUGAUCCGCUCAGGGGCCUACCGGGGCUGCACCUACGAGGCCCAGCUGCAGCUGUCAGCACGGGAGUCCUAUCCUGCUGCAUGGGAGGCAUGGCCCCGAAGUCCUGGUGGCCCCCCGUGCCUGGUGGAGAUCGAGGGCAGCCUGACAGAGAACAUCUGGGCCUUCGCUGGCCUCUCUAGAACCUGUGCACUGGCCCUGCUUCGGAGAGAUGUGGUUGGUGCCUUCUUGCUGUGGCCUGAGCCCAGUACCAGCGGCCAGUGGUGCCUGUCUGUGCAGACACAGUGUGGUGUGGUACCUCACCAGGUCUUCCGGAACCACCUGGGCCGCUACUGCCUGGAGCACCUGCCAACACAGUUCCCCAGUCUGGAGGCCCUGGUGGAGAACCAUGCUAGGAUGGAAAGCAGCCUUUUCUGCCCCCUGGACAUGGGCCGCCUGAACCCCAUCUACGAGGAGCAGGACUAUGGGCCCGAGAGCAGGCCCCCCCGGACUCUGCGGCCCCUCAGCCACGCCAAGUCUGAGGCAGAGCUGCUGGGCCUGGGUUAGGAAGUGAGCCCUGAUCACAGGCCAGCCUAGCCCUGGCUCCAGCCUCAGGAGCUGCUCCACCCUUGUCAUACCCCACCGACCAGCCACCAGUUCAUCUCUCUCUGCUCCCUGGACCAGUCUUCCAUCGCUUCACUGCCUGCUAUAGAGCAGCCCUGAGAUUGGGUUUGUGGCUUGCUGAGAUUCUAGAAGGAGCAGGUGGAGCUCUAGGCUUCCUGGAACUUCAGGGUGACAGGGAUGCUUGUCUCGCAGGGUAACUUUGCUCCUUGCAUGAGAUCUUUUCAUGGGGAGCUGUGCUGACCUCUCCCAAGGAGGCCAGGCCUUGGGCCCUGCCUGGGAGCCUCCAGAGAGCUCCUGACAGGAAACCAGACCCUUGCAGGAGUGUGAGUCCCUGCCCUGCCAGCUCACCCAGCAGACCACGUUCGUUUGGUGGGUUUGGUGGCUGCCUCGCGAAGCCACCUGAUCCUGGUGUUCCCUUGGAUAUAGGCCUGGCCAUGGUGUUGGGCUAUCUGUCUCACCAGGCAUGGGACAGAACAGAGUCCCCAAAGGUAGAGCCCUGUCAGAGGGAGCUGGCCCUCAGCAGGCAGGGGAGAGCUGGGGAAGCCAUUCUGGUGGAAGGAGGUGGCCUGCAGGUACCUGAUGAAUGCAGGCAUCACCUUUGUAAGUCGACUUGGCAGAUAAAUACGAAUCUACCCAGCCAAGUUCAUGUCAGAUGAAAUUGUACUCCUGAGGUGAAGACUAGGUUAUGGGAUCACCCUCUCUGCUGUCAGGGUGUGGGGUCUUCUGAUCGUUGCCUUGGAAGUAACAUUGCUGACUCUGGGGAGGAAGAGGGCAGCCCCAGCAGGACUGAGGGGAGGCAGACAUGCAUGAUGUUCCCCACCACCACCACCAGGACAUGGUCUUGGCUAGGGACUCUGUCACUUUUUUUUGGUACCUGGGAUUGAACACAGGCGCUGGAACCACUGAGCUACAUCCCUGGCCCCUGGUCACUUUCUUUUGAGUCAGGUGCCACAGGGUUAGAAGGAAUGUCCUUUGGGGGCUCUUUUCACUGGAAACAUUGCACUGACUUCAUGCUGAAUGCGAGUAAGCAGCUGGAGCCCACCCUCCUGGGCUCUGAGGUCAGAGAGCACUGAUAUCUGGGUGAGGCUCCGGCCUCACUCCCCUGGCAGGGAAAGGAAAAUCCUGCACCUAGGAUUACAGCACCAGAGACCUGCACUUAAGGAAGCCUGGCCAUUGGCUAGCACUUGAGCCAGGACCCCUCUCGGAGGGGCAGGGGUGCUGUGGAAUCACUGGUGUGGAUAUUCAGCAAGCCCAGUAGCAUUCCUCCAAGCAGCAUCUGUUGAUCAGGUGUUACAAAUAAGGCAAGGGUUUUGCAUAUGUGUGUGGACUCACCAUGUCUUAAUGACAGACCACAGUUUUGUCUUUGUUCCAACUAGCACCACAUAGGGAACCCAACUUUCCUUAUUGUGUGACCUGUGAAACAAAUAAAAUACGUUUCUUCAGAA